GCCGGAAGCGGAAGCGCACGGGGCCGAUGGCGGCGGCGGGGGGCGCGGCGCUGUGGCGGCGGCUCUCGGCCUGGCUGCCGCGGGGCCGCCUCGGGCUGGCUGCGCUGCUCGGCCGGCUCUCCGACCGCCUGUCCCGCGGCCGCGACCGCCGCGCACGCAGAUCAUCAUGGCUUCUUCUAGCCCCAUUGCUCACCCCUCCUGUUCCUGUGAUCACAGCCCCACCUUGUUCCCUUUGUCCAGAAGGAGCACACAGGUUCCAGUGGAUCAGGAAUCUGGUUCCAGAGUUUGGGAUCUCCAGCUCACAUGUAAAGGUUCUUUCAUCCCCAGCUGAAUUCUAUGAACUCUUGAAGGUGCAGAUAAAAACAGCCAAGCAACGAGUGGUGAUGGCUUCACUGUACCUGGGGACAGGGCUGCUCGAGCAGGAGCUGGUGGAUUGCUUAGAAGAGACGCUGGAGAAAUCACUGCAAGCAGAAGGGUCUCCCAGCCUCAGAGUUUCCAUUCUUCUUGACUACACCAGGGGAUCUCGGGGUCGGAAGAAUUCCCGAACGAUGCUGGUCCCGUUGCUGCAGCGAUUUCCUGAGCAGGUCCGUGUGUCCCUCUUCCAUACCCCAAACCUGCGUGGGCUGCUCCGGCUCCUGAUCCCGGAACGUUUCAAUGAGACCAUUGGGCUGCAGCACAUCAAGGUCUACCUCUUUGAUGAUAACGUGAUCCUCAGCGGUGCAAACCUGAGUGAUUUGUACUUCACCAACCGUCAGGACCGGUACGUUCUCCUGCAGGACUCUCCUGAGAUUGCAGACUUCUUCACGGAGCUGGUAGAUGCGAUUGGAGAUGUGUCUCUGCAGUUGCAGCGGGAUGAUACGGUCCAGAUGAUGGAGGGGAUGGUGCACCCCUACCAAGGAGACAAGAUGGCUUAUUGUGAGAUAGCAAACCAGAGAGUCAUGGAGGUGAUCAACUCUGCCAGGACACGACAAGAACUGCUUCACGCAAAGACUUUCCACAGCAGCCAGCAAGGCAGCUCCUUGUUAUCCCAGCAAGACUCUCAAGCAUCUGGGGAGCUGAAACCACAACCUGACACCUGGAUCUAUCCCUUAAUCCAAAUGAAACCUUUUGGGAUCCAAAUAGAUGAGAUGGUCACAGAGACACUGCUGACAGAGGCUGAACGGGGUGCCCGGAUAUACUUGACCACUGGCUACUUCAACCUGACCCAAGCCUACAUGGACCUCAUUCUGGGCACCAGGGCCGAGUACCGCAUCCUCCUGGCCUCGCCGGAGGUGAACGGGUUUUUUGGUGCCAAAGGGGUGGCAGGUGCCAUCCCUGCUGCCUAUGUUUACAUUGAACACCAGUUCUACAGUGAGGUCUGCUGCCUUCACCAGCAGGAGAGGGUCCAGCUGCAGGAAUACUGCAGGGCUGGGUGGACUUUCCAUGCCAAAGGCCUCUGGCUGUACCUGGCAGGGAGUGAUCUUCCCUGCUUGACCCUCAUUGGCUCUCCUAAUUUUGGAUAUCGAUCAGUUCAUCGUGAUCUGGAAGCUCAGGUUGCAAUAGUGACAGAAAACAAAGCUCUGCAGCAGCAGCUCCACCGGGAGCAGGAGCAGCUUUACCUCUGCUCGGGUGUAGUCUCAUCAUCAACAUUUGAGCAGCCAAAUCGUUAUGUGAAGCUGUGGGUGAAGCUGGUGACUCCUCUGAUCAAGAAUUUCUUUUAAAAGGAGAAGAGUUGCUGCUUUGGGUUGAAGGUCCAGACGUAGGUGGGACCUCGCAUCCGUGUCUUAUAGACAGGACAUUCAUAUAUAUUCUUGGUGUCCAGGCGGUCCAUGGGGAUGGCUCUGAUGAGGAUCACUGGCAUCAUGGACGUCAGCUCCUUCAGCCGCGCCUCUGCCAGCGCACCCGAGGGGAUGUCCCAGCGAGCGCCUGCAACGGGGGGGGCGUCAGGACACAGGGGGCUCUCCCCAGAGCUCCCCCCGGGAAGGAGCUGUUGCUCCGGCAGCACAGCCAAGCAGGGGGUGGAGGUGGGGCAGCCAUGGCUCAGUCGUCAUUAGGGCUAACAUGUUCUCAUCUCACUGUGACUCCUGGGUGCAUUUUGCCUUACUGUGUGCGGGGUGUCUGAAGAAACUGUCCCCAUGUCCCUUCAGCCAGGUUUCCCUGGCAGUCGCACAACUGAAGGGAGAGCUUGGCCAGGGUGGGGACAGAUCACUGCCCUGUGUGGUCUGUGCUCUUGUGUCCCCUUUGGUGCUGCCAUCUUAUCCCCUCAUUUUUAGCAGUAAUUAUUUUAGGUUCUGAGUUUCCUGAUUUGUCUUACUCUCACAUCAAAUAAGAGUGUAAUAUAUUUUUUCACUGGAACCACGUAUCUUCAGCCAGCCCAGUCCUCAGGCCCAUCCCAGGCAGGCAGCAGUUCCCGACACCGGGAGCUCCCUGCCCGGGGUGCUGCCCCCCGACGGCGCCUGCCCGCAGCGCGGGGGAAGCUCCGCGGCUGGAGCUGCGGCCGAAGCUGCAGGGUCUGGAUGGGCCAGCACCAGCACCCCCUCGGUGUGCGGGAAUUGCCAAGGCUGAACUGGGCUUUCUGGUGUCUGAAACAGCUCUUAGAAGAUGCAGUCUCUUACCUUCCAUGAAUAAUCCAUGCACGAAGGAGCCCUCUCUGGGUGGAGCUGUUACCUCCUCCCGGUUUUUCCUGGUCACUUCCACUGAAAGACACAUCUUGUCCAGCGGCCAUUGGUUUUUUCUGGCCAUGGAUUGCAUGAUAGCUGUGAGGAAGGACUGGGGGUUGAAGAACCCUGCCAGCCACACGGACGCAGGCAGUACAAAGUCUGUUGCCCAGACUUCCAGUUCCUGGAAAGUAAAAACAGCAAAGUACUUCAGAGGGAAGCAGUGGAAUCUGCUUUGGGAUGUGGUGUGAAAAAGAGCUGAUGCUCCACUGUGCUUAACACGGGCACCAGGACAUCUUUCAGAGGGGGGACAUCAGGGGGGACUAGGAUGGAGGGAGUCUGAGAUGAUUCCACUGCAGCAAUGGAACUUAAACUAUUAAUUUAGAUUGCAGUAAUGACCACUGUUUUUUGUGUGUUGUUUUUUUUUUAGCAAAGCCAUCUUAUAAAUAGGUGGUUUUUUUUUUUUUUUUUUUUUUUUCUUCUGAGACAUAUGAAGGUAGGAUGGGGUUAGCUAAUAUUCUUUUGAACGAGUGAUCUAAUGGUGAACCCUUUUCAAACUUCUGCUCUCACUCUCGGGGUAACAGACCACUUCAGGUUCUUCAAACUGCUUAAAUUAAUAUUGAACAAUAAACUAGUUAACCACUGUA